AUGGCGGGGGCCCCGGACCGGGAGGCCCGGGAUCGGGAUCGGGAUCGGGCAAGGACGGAGACGGCGAGUCCGGCGAGGAGGGGAAGAACGCUCAAAAGAAUGGACCCAACAAGCAAGGAGGCCGAGGCAACAACGGCCGAGGCCCCCCUGGCCCUCCCGGUGGUCAGAAGAAUCCUCCGCGAAGACAGCAAGACCAGUCUUUGGCGCAGGCCCUUCCUCUGCUUUGGAACGCAGCCGCCAACACCGCUCCCGCGAUUUCGAGGGGCGUUGGAAGACAUAAACGAGGCGCUGUCGCGGGACCUGCUGGAGACGAACACGAAAAUGCCAAUGAGCGAACGGCAGAAGAUCCUGUACGGGCUGGGGGGCCGCGGGACUUACCUGGAGGUGCCGCAGCUGCUGCACGAGCUGAUGGCUAGCUGGAUGGCUAGCCGGCUAGCUGGCUAG